GUGCGCUUGAUUGGUUUGUUACUAAAUUUGCAGUUUGAGGAGUACGCUUGAUUGGAUGCAGCAGCUCCGUCCACCAACUCAUCUCUGCGACGUUUUCCUUGCCUCCACUGUCCCCGGGAGUUUGCCACCUCUCAAGCUCUCGGUGGCCAUCAGAAUGCUCACAAGCGCGAGCGAGCCACUUGGUAGUGGAGAGAGCAUCAGCAGUCGAAACGCCCAGAAAGCUCCGAGAGACCGAGCUGGAAGCAAGGUUCAGGUCCUGGUGCUGCUGAUGAGGCGGCAGGCGGCGGCGGCGGCUGCUCUGGAUAAGCGGGGAACAGAGGUAGUAGGCGGUAUUCCUGCAGGUUGUUGGCCGGAAAGUUUGGCCGAGCAACGGUUGUUCGCUCGCGCUUGUGAGCAUUCUGAUGGCCACCGAGAGCUUGAGAGGUGGCAAACUCCCGGGGACAGUGGAGGCAAGGAAAACGUCGCGGAGAUGAGUUGGUGGAUGGAGCUGUUGCAUGCAAUCAAGCGUACUCCUCAAACUGCAAAUUUAGUAACAAACCAAUCAAGCGCACAACACAAUUAUUUGGAAAUUAAGAGAGAAUUUGUUUAAAAUGUAAGGAGUACUUACUUGUCACAAGAAGUUUCUGGAAUAUUCCAAGAUUUCUUGAAAGUCUUGGAAGUUUCUGCAAUAUGCCCAGAAAGGAUAAUGAAAAACAAAUCAUAACAAAGAAGAUUUAUUAAGAAUAUUUAAACAAUUUCAGAGACAAUCCUAAUAAUUUAAAUGACAAGGG